AAACCAAACCAAAGAGAAGAGAAAAGUGCUAGGUACAAAAACUUGACGGAAUUCUAGAUAGUAAACAAGCUACUUUUAAAUUUGUUCCUUCUUUGAAAACAUGGAUAAACUUCAAGAACACGUUUAUUUAACUGAGACUAUAUUAAGAAUACUUAAGCAAAACCGUAUUACAACAAUAUUAGAUUUCUUACAAGAGGAUGCAGAAAAAUUAUCAACUUUAACAAAACUAAAUUUGCCACAGAUUUUAGAAAUAAGACAGGAUAUAUUUAAUAAACAUUCCGCCAACUUGAUCAGCGGAUCAACAUUAUUUGUAAAUAAUAUAACCUGUAAAAAGUUUAUACCUACAGGUAUAAAUAGUUUAGAUACCAUAUUGGAAGGUGGUUUACCUGUUGGACUUAUAACUGAAAUAUGUGGGCUAGCAGGCUCUGGGAAAUCGCAACUUUGUAUGCAAUUAGCAAUUAACAGUGUGAUGGGAUCGAAUUAUACAAUCCUUUAUAUUGACACUAAAGGCGAUUUUUCUGCAGUUAGGAUACAAAAGAUUUUAGAAGCUCAUGGCUUAUCACAUAAGGAUAUGGCAGUUAUUAUGUUAAAUAUAAGAGUUGUUUAUAUAUGGAAUAUAGAAGAGUUGAUAAAACUCCUUGAAAAUAUUAAAAAUGAUGUCCUAAAAAUUGAAAAUGUGUCAAUGAUUAUUGUUGAUUCAUUACCAUGCCUUACAUUUCAACAUUUUGGAGAUAAUAAUACAAUAGGAUUAACAUAUUUAAACAGAGUUAUAAAUUAUAGCAGAUACCUCAGUAAAGUGUUUCAAAUGGGUUUUAUAUUUGUUAAUAUUCAAACACGAUGGAUUGAUCAAGAUAUUAGUGAUCCUGAAGAUACUGAAUGUGCGUAUAGUAUAAAAGACUUAACAUACACUGAAAAGAGAACCCGUUGCCUUGGAAAGUAUUGGAAAACUAUUCCAGCUUUAGUAUUGGUGCUUGAAAAAAAUAAACUUGAAAAUAAUAUUUGUGAUACAGUUAAAGUUUUAGUUACAAAACAUAUAAACCCUACUGAGGUGAAAAGUUGCUUUAUAAAAGUGAAUGCACAAGGAGUUAGUUAAGUUUAUUCAUGUUACUUUUUAAAAUUAUCUCAACUAGCACUUAAAUAGUAUCAUGAGUAAGAAUGGUUUUUUUA